UUAAGAGCCCAUCUUUCCAGCAGUGGUAGAGAGCAGAGCAGCUUGGAGCCAGAGACUGCAGAAGCACAUCAUCAGCUGCUGCGAGCCCACCCAACAGCUCAGCAGGGGGGGACAGGCAGCACCGGGCAGCCUCACGGUUCACAUCGCAUCACACCGCGUCCUAGAGGGGAAUGGGGGGCACCCAGCCCGCUAGCUAACUUAGUAGAUUUCUCUAGAAGCGGUGAAGGCUCACGGCCGGCGCUCCAAAAAGAUGGUAUCCUGGAUGAUUUCGAGGAUAGUCGUCCUUGCCUUUGGGACGCUCUACCCAGCAUACUCCUCAUACAAGGCUGUCAAAACGAAGAACGUUAAGGAAUAUGUGAAAUGGAUGAUGUACUGGAUAGUGUUUGCGUUGUUCUCUACAGCAGAGACAGCCACAGACCUGCUCCUAUCAUGGUUUCCAUUUUACUUUGAGCUGAAGAUUGCCUUUGUGAUCUGGCUCCUGUCCCCGUACACCAAGGGCUCCAGUGUCCUCUACCGCAAGUUUGUCCACCCAACGCUGUCCAACAAAGAGAAGGAGAUAGAUGAGUACAUUGCGCAGGCCAAAGACAGGAGUUAUGAGACCAUGAUGAAGUUUGGAAAGAGGGGUCUCAACCUGGCUGCUAAUGCUGCUGUCACCGCAGCCGCCAAGGGGCAGGGCGUGCUGUCGGACAAGCUGCGGAGUUUCAGCAUGCAGGACCUGACUCUGAUCAACGCUGAGGAUGAGCUGGAUCUGCACACCUCAGACGCCCGCAUGAGACGGGAGCCCAAGGACGAUUUGAGCUCAGGAUCCAGCACGCUGCCCAGGGCCAAGAGCACCGCUGCACGGCAGACCCGCUCUUUAGCGGCCAUGUCCCUUGCUGACGACACGUCAUCCCAACACAGCUCUGACCAAUCAGACACAAGGACUGAACACUCUGAUGAAGAUGUAGGAGACAAAGCCCCCAAACGCACUACCAGCGUCAAGACAACCAAGAAACCUGCUGCUGCUGCUGCUAAGACAGAGACUCAAACCAAGACGGUGAAGAAGCCCACCAAGAAAAAGGCCACGACCAACAAUGCAGAGACGCCACCAUGAGGCCUGCUGUCCACAUCCACCGGCCUAUACUCUCUCGACCCACAGCCUGCGGGCCCUUCGUCCUCUGUUUAGUCUCCACACAAACACACAUACACUGUGUAUAUUAAGCACUGAAAUUGUGUCACUCCUGCUGGUUUUUAGAGAAAAGUGCAGGUUUUGGUUUUUAGCAGUAUGUGCUAUGUAGGGAACAGUUAUUUUACACACACUGAGUUGUUUCACAUUUUGCCUCACUCUUUACUUACUGUGAGCUAAUCACAGAUUUAACAGUUGGGUUCAUUCUUGGAUAUUUGUUUUGUCUGAUAAUAAAAAAUUAAUAAAUAAAUGCUCCUUUUACAUUUCAAGCCCUAGACACAUAGGUCCCUAUAGUAGGUGAGAACGUAACCUGGCCAUGUUGCAGUUUCACCAGUCCCUUCAUUCACAUCCUGUUGCCGCUAUUGUGACAUUCUUAAUUGAGGCUGUUUUUGGUUAAAGUAUCGCCAGUAAAAUAUCACAUUCUUCACUCCUAGUUCUCUAGAUAAGGAUCCCUUAUGUGUCCUCUGAACUACUCCUGCAUGGUUCCAGUUGAAAGUAAUAAUUACACCCUCUCUGUGUGUACAGGCUACAAUUCUGGGUCCUCAUCUGGACCUGACCCCGAUGGUAGAAAUCCAGAGAGAGACAGUUGGCUUUAAGUUUAUUGUGCCUGAGAUUUUUUUUUUUUUUACUGAGGAAUAAGAAGGUAGUUCAAAUCAACUUUAAAGCAUUGGUUGAUAGUUGUAGACAUCCAUAUUACUGUUUCAGACCUAAUUAGUUCCCACUUUUGACUACAGCUCAGCUCAUAAUACCACCAUCAUGUCCUAGCUCAUGCAACGGUCUAGUUUUACAGGAUGACCUGUGAUCAAACCGGUUUUGGUUCUCUAUUUCACCUUAGUUUUAACCUCUUUGACUGCAUCUUAGGCCUCACAGCUUGUGGAAGAGUUUAGCUUCUCCUCAUUAGGUCUAUAUAGUGAGUCUGGCUCUGCUAAGUUCAGGUCUCACUUUCAGCAACUUACUUCCUCACGGCUUUUAAUGUGACUUUCACGUCAUGUACAGUACUGGUGAUGGAGUGGUUUGCUUAGUGUUGGCUGAGUUAUCCUUUACUAAGACUUCACUCUCUUAUUUAUUACACUUCUGGUUUAGCCAACUUCUUUUGGUCAUAUAAUAUUAGUAAUAGGUAUGAUCAGUUGUGCAAAGCCAGGCCUCUUAAGGUAAUGCUGCAACUCCACAAAACAUAAAUGCAGUAGUCAUUAAAGAGUUUCUGGGGUUUGUGAGGCAACAUAUCUGCUUUCACCACAGUAGUGAUGUCUGUAUAUUGUUUGUGUUUAACAUUAGAAAGUCAUGGAGUAGCUCUGCACUGUCUCAGUCCUUCUACCCAGCUGUGUGGUGACACUCUGCUUUUUUGUAAUGUUUAUCUCAGAAGCCAGGAUAAA